GUCUUGAUAAAAAAAUGUGUGUUAAAAUAUGCAGCAUGUUUGGUAGAACACCCAGCGUCUGUAAUUGGUGUGGAAGAGUAGCACCAUCUUUGUUUUUCCCACUUUAUCUUCCAAAUCUUAAUCGUAAUCUAAUUUGUUCAUUGUCAACGCUCAUCACUCCAACUCCAACAACGCUUCCCCUCACUGCAAGAAGGUUUUCGUUUUCACCACUUUCACCAAUGGAAGACGAAAACCAAGCCACGGAGCAGGAAUACGCCUUUCACUCCGACCUGCUCCACCAAUUCACCGUCAUCCCCUCCGUCGACAAGGCAUGGCUCUUCAACUCCCACGCCGGCUUGGCUUCGCAGGCAAUGUUUUGCGUUAGUCAACCCAACCUUUUGACCAACAAGAGGAAGAAGUCCAUCCUCUCCGCUUCCCUGCUCAGACAAAGCGACGGCACCGUUGCGUUUCACUGGGCUCCCUUUCCGAUCGAAUUGAGCGGAGUCUCCGCCAUGGUUCCGUCGCCUUCUGCCUCCAAGCUGCUGAUUGUUCGGAAUCCCGAGAAUGAAGGUCCUUGCCGCUUUGAAAUUUGGAGCUCCUCUCAACUGGAAAAGGAGUUCCAUGUCCCUCAAUCUAAGCACGGUUCUGUGUACACUGAUGGAUGGUUUGAGGGGAUCUCUUGGAAUUUGAAUGAAACUUGUAUAGCGUAUGCAGCUGAAGAACCAGCUCCUGCAAAGCCCACAUUCAAUGAUCUGGGUGGCUACCAGAAACGUAGUUCUUCAGACAAGGAUGGUGGUACUUGGAAAGCUCAAGGAGAAUGGGAGGAAGAAUGGGGAGAGACGUAUGCAGGGAAGAGGCAGCCUGCCCUUUUUGUCAUCGACAUAACUAGUGGAGAGGUACAGGCCGUCAAAGGAAUUGACAAGUCUUUGAGUGUUGGACAAGUUGUAUGGGCUCCAGCAAUCGAAGGCUCUGUGCAAUAUUUGGUCUUUGUUGGAUGGUCAUUUGAGACAAGAAAACUUGGUAUUAAGUACUGUUAUAACAGGCCAUGUGCAAUAUAUGCUGUUAAAGCACCACACCAUGAGUCAAAAGCAAAUGAAACUGAGACGUACUCAACUGAAGAUGUUCAAGCUGUUAACCUAACUCAAACCUUAAGCAGUGCUUUCUUUCCACGGUUCAGCCCAGAUGGGAAGUUUCUUGUAUUUGUAUCUGCAAGAAGCUCAGUUGAUUCUGGCGCCCAUUCUGCUACAGAUUCACUUCAUAGAAUGGAUUGGCCUGAGGAUAUGAAGCUUUAUCAAUCUUCUAAAAUUCAUGAAGUGAUUCCAGUUGUGUUGUUUGCGGAGGAUGGCAGCUUCCCAGGGCUUUACUGUUCAAAUAUCCUCAGUGAUCCAUGGCUUAUCGAUGGCCAGACCUUAGUUAUAGCUUCUGUAUGGCACAGCAAUCAAGUUUUACUUUCCAUCAAUGUGCUGAGUGGAGAAAUAUUGCGAAUCACCCCUGAUAACUCAAAUUUCUCUUGGAGUCUUCUUACAUUGGAUGGGAACAAUAUUCUUGCUGUUUCUAGCAGUCCAGUAGACGUUCCUCAAAUCAAGUACGGAGCUAUUGUUAAAAAUACAACUAAUGAUAAAGAAUGGAGUUGGUCAGAUGUCUCAAAUCCCAUAUUUAAGUGCUCAGACAAGGUUUGGUCAUCGGUCUCGUCUCUUACAUCCAAUAUAAUGAAGAUCUCAGUCAAGGAUGCUUCCGAAAGCUUAACAAAAGGUGCUAGUCAACCUUAUGAAGCUAUAUUUGUGUCAUCAAAAACUAAGAAAAGUGAUGCAUGUGAUCCAUUAAUUGUGAUCCUUCAUGGGGGACCACAUUCUGUCUUAUUGUCAAGCUUUUCAAGGCCAUUGGCUUAUCUUUCUUCGGUUGGAUAUAGCUUGUUAAUUGUUAAUUACAGAGGCUCAGUAGGAUUUGGCGAGGAAGCCUUGCAAUCUCUUCCAGGAAAAGUUGGCUCUCAGGAUGUCAACGAUGUGCUCACUGCUAUUGAUCAUGUCAUUGAUUUGGGACUCGCCAGUCCUUCAAAGAUUGCAGUUCUUGGUGGCUCACAUGGUGGCUUUCUAACAACCCACUUGAUUGGCCAGGCACCUGAGAAAUUUGUUGCAGCCGCUGCAAGGAAUCCUGUGUGUAACCUUGCACUGAUGGUUGGUACAACCGAUAUCCCUGAUUGGUGCUAUGUGGAGACUUAUGGAACCGAGGGUAGAGACAAGUUUACUGAAGCACCUUCAGCAGCGGAUCUAACUCUAUUUUAUAGCAAAUCUCCUAUUUCACACCUCUCAAAGGCAAAAACACCAACGCUUUUUCUACUUGGUGCCCAAGAUCUCCGUGUUCCAAUUUCGACUGGACUACAAUAUGCUCGGGCUUUAAGGGAGAAAGGAGUACCAACAAAAGUCAUCGUGUUUCCAAAUGAUGUUCAUGGAAUUGAAAGACCACAGUCCGACUUUGAGAGCUACCUUAACAUUGCGAUCUGGUUUAACAAGUAUUGCAAAUGAGAUGCAUUUUCAGACAAGUGACUUGAGCCAUCAUGCCAUUAAUGUUAUUGUAAUAUUGGGGCAGAAUAUUUUAUUUCUGAAAAGGAGAGUGUGGAGCAUAAUGCAUUUGUAAUUGGAAUUUCUAUCUAUUUUUAAUAAAAAGAAUAAUUCACUCAA